AUGCCCAAUUGGCAGGAUGAUAUCCUGCCUCUCAUCCAGAAACCAUAUUGGGUCGCCAAAGACUCUGAAGCUGUUGGUAGAAAAUGGGUCAACGAGAUGCUGUAUUGGGGCAAUUGGGACCUUUCCAGCUAUGAAGAUGUGAAGAAGCGAGCGCCCGGUACUUACAAUCAUCUUCGCUCUAAGUCAAUGCCUAUCACACGCAAUCCCGAUCAUUACUGGCCAGAGGAAGCCCUCGAGCUUUUUCGAAGUUGGGCCAACAAUGGGUAUAUCCAAAACAAACAGGGCACUCAGUCAGUUCAACAUCUUGAACCUGUCAUCCCUGAGCCUCUGGAACCUCCGAUUUCAUACCGAGUGAGAAAGGAUAUCAUGAGCAUGUCCAGAGAGGAGCUUGUGGAGUAUCAGUCUAAGCUGGAUGACAUCCUUCAUAUUCAAGAGAUUCAUUUUGAAGGGAAAAAGACCAAAUGGCAGGAGCUUGGUGUUCUUCAUGCAUACUGGUGUUUGCAUUACCAAGAAGCGACGUUUCUUUGGCAUCGAGCAUACUUGAGAUACGUUGAGCAACUGAUCGAUUUUCCCAUUCCUUACUGGAAUGGUUAUGCUAAGGAGGCAUCGGUAUCAUCGUCAAAAUUUGCUGGCAUUCCUCCGAUGUUCCUCGAAAAGACCUAUCAACACCCUCAGCUGGGUGAAAGAAAGAACCCUCUUCUUUAUGCCAAAGCUCUGAAUGGGAAGUCCAAGAAUGGGACCAGUGAGACAGUUACCAGGAACGAAGUCCUGACUGAAGGGUCUUCUAAUCCUGGAUGGAAAGCGAAAGUGGAGUUGUUUGAGAUAUACCAUACCCAGAUAGAACAUGCUCUGGAGCAAGCAACAUACACGACAUCAGAGUCAGCACAGCAUUUUGGCAUUCCAUGGGCCAAUAUUGUGGAUUUUACUGACCACCAACCCGACACGGCCUACCCAUUUCGAUGUGACUUUGACGGCCUAUUUGAGCAAGUUCAUGACAACUUCCAUGGCUGGGUAGGUUACGAUAUGGCGGACAACACUUACACGGCUUUUGACCCCAUCUUCCUCUCCUACCACGCGAACAUGGAUCGGCUGGCUGGCAUCUUUAUGGAUUCCAAUCCCGAGAACCAGUUCACCUCUAGGUUUCCACUGCAACCUUUUAUGGAUCAAGGUACCAAGGUCAGCUAUGAUGAUCCCCGAAGAUGGAUGUACACUACCAUCAGUGACAUGGCCAAAGAUACUCGGGCACUUGGCUACAUGUAUGGCGAGCCUGCUAGCCCCGAUUAUUCCACACCCAAGACCGCUGAGGAGAAGGGACUCUAUAGACCUAGAGCAAGUGGUGGCAAAGCAAUCGCUCUUCCUUUAGGUUUACCGGAACAGGGUAGUGUUAAGGACGGGCCUAGCGCCCGUGCGCUUGCCAAGUCACCAAAGCGACAGCUCGUUCCUUACGUUGUCUUCACUGAUGUAGGAUGUACCAUUUCAAGUUACCGGAUCGAUGUAUACACUGGAAGCGCAAGUUCGACAGCGCCUGAUGUCACUGGAAAUCCAGACUUUAUCGGGCAAGUUACGAGACUUGGUAUGGGGCGAGGAACGGAAGGCCAUGGACCGCCGAACACUGGUCGAUGCCGCAAACCUGUCGCGACCAGAGUUCUUCCAGCAGAAAAGUUCAAGCAUCGGCUUGGUAAGGAUAGCGGGGUGAAGAUUGUUGUUACUGACCUGGAGACUGGGAAUGUGGUUGAUGAGAAGGAAUACAACCUCAUGUCAGGAUUCAAUCCCAAGCUUGUAUGGCUCCCCGAAACUGUCUUUGAGAUGGCUCACCAUCUCGUCCGUUCGUUUGUUCUGACUUCGGUCCUGAGCUCCCUCGCUUGCGCAGGACCAUGUCGUCCCUCAACAACCUCAGUAGUUGCAGUCACAAGUACAACCGCUACGGCAAACUCUGAGGUUGUCGAUACCACCAUCUCUGUUCCACUCACUACCGAGACAUCUGGAGCAGAGUCUACUGGUACCACUGAUACCACAGUCGCCGUCGAAACCAGCAUCGAGACGUUCACUGUCACUGACAGUCAGGCGCAGGCUGUUUCAACCACUGCGGCUUCUGAUGCUGCUGUCACGACCACGACUGAGGAUGCCGCCACUACCACGGCUGAGGCUACCACGACAACUGCCGUGCCAGCCCCGACCUGUGUCAACAAUCUCAAGAAUCCCACACCCGAGGGUGCUUCUUGCGGUCUCACGGGCAACCCUAGAAAUUCCGUGUCAUAUGUGGCUAAUGGUCCUGUCGGUUCCGCAUACGAUUGCUACAAAUAUUGCUUGACAGAACCCAACUGCCAGUCUUUCGCCGUUCAGGAGAAUUCAUUCUGUGAAUUGUAUUCGGAAUCAAUUGGAGGCACUGGUGGGCAAUUCACCACAUAUCAGUGGUAUGACAAGAGCUGCUUUUGCGAUACAGAAGAAACAUAG